AUGUAUGAGGUACGAGCAAGCCACUCAGACGAGGGCUCAGAUGUGGACUCAGAACCGGGUUUGCCAUUAAAGAGGAAACAGCGGCGCAGUCGGACCACGUUCACAGCCGAGCAGCUGGAGGAGCUGGAGAGAGCUUUCGAACGCACCCAUUACCCUGAUAUUUACACCAGAGAAGAGCUCGCUCAGAGAGCUAAACUCACCGAGGCACGAGUACAGGUUUGGUUUAGUAAUAGAAGAGCUCGCUGGAGGAAGCAGGCAGGAGCCAAUCAGCUCAUGGCGUUUAAUCACCUGAUACCUGGUGGUUUCCCACCCUCUGCGAUGGCGAGUCUUCAGCCCUAUCAGCUGGCGGACAGCCCUUACCCUCCCUCAUCUAUCUCACAAG